CAUUUCAACAUCCUGCACCACUCCAAAGACAUCCCAAUACAACACACAUCUCAUACCCUUAGCAAGGCUGCUAGUGUGUCUGAAAAUGGGUUCCAAGGCUAUCACAACCAUAGCUUUUCUAGUGAUCUCUCUCAACCUUCUCUUCUUCACUAUGGUCUCUUCAACUCAUGUCCCUUGCGGAUGCCAACCAUCACCACCAAAGAGUACUCCAAAAUACCCUCCGGUACCAUCACCACCAAAGAGUACUCCAAAAAACCCUCCUGUAAAGCCACACCCGACCCCGACCCCGACCCCGACCCCAGUGACGCCUAAGCCUGCCCCCACUUGCCCCAAGGACACCCUUAAGCUAGGGGUGUGUGCCAGCUUGUUGAAUGACUUGUUGCACCUUGUUGUCGGAACCCCACCAAAGACACCCUGCUGCAGCCUCAUCGAGGGGCUUGUUGAUUUGGAAGCUGCUAUUUGCCUUUGCACUGCCAUCAAGGCCAAUGUUUUGGGCAUCAAUCUUAAUGUCCCCGUCUCGUUGAGCUUACUCCUCAACUACUGUGGAAAGAAUCUUCCCACAGACUUCAAAUGCACUUAGCCAGUUCCAUAUAUAGGUCUCAUCAUCAUGAGCUACUUGGCCUUCCACUUCUAGUGGCAAUAAAUUAAAAAAAGGCCAUUAUGGAGGAAACAAUAAAAUCUGUGUUUUUCUUACAUUCUCUAGCUUCAUGAAUAAUGGUGCUUUCGAUAUGUAUGUUCUUUUUUAUUUCUUUGAUCAGAUGUGUAAGUUAUUUGUCAUUAUCUAUUAUAUGUUUUUUUUUUGAGAAA